CGACGCUUGUUGGAGUUUUGACAAGCAAGGGAAGCAAAAUGGCGGACGAAGAUAUUACGCUUGAUGGAAAACCUCUACAGUCGCUUCGAGUGGCGGAUUUAAAGGCCGCACUGGAGCAAAGAAACCUCCCUAAAAGCGGACAUAAGCCAAUACUUUUAAAGCGACUGAAAGGGGCUCUGAUGUUAGAAAAUCUGCAGAAGUCAUCUGGCUCACACAGUGGGUUGCAACCCAACUCUCAGAUUGGGGAGGAGAUGAGCCAAAAUAGCUUCAUAAAACAGUACCUGGCCCAACAGCAGGAGCUACUACAGCAGAGACUCGAGAGAGAGGCCCAACAAGAAGCUGGUGCUAACUUGCCAAUGGAAGACGAUGACGAUCAGUCAGGGGAUGACUUGUCUUUUGUCUCCAAUAAGCCGACUCAUCAGAUCAGGACAGGACAGAUGGAGGUGGGAGAAUCAACUCUCAGUCUCAGCAAAACUUUGACUGGUCCUGAUGUGGGUGCUGGUGUUAUUCACCAUCAGCAGGGGUCUGUUGAUGUUCCUAGAACUAGGAUGCAGAGAGCAGCCCAACCGGCUCCUUCUCCACCUCGUGCUGUAGCAUCUCUCUCAGUACGUGUUCUUGGCCAGCCUGACCGCCAGGAGCCAGACACCGCGCUCCCACAUGCCCUGAAUAAGGAAGGUUGUACUUCAAGUGAGCCUUGCCCAAUCUACCCAGUCCCUCACCACAGUCAAGCUGCUGCAGGUGUCGACGGAGACAUUGAUGAUGAUGCCGAUGACAAUAGUAAAAACGAUGAAGAAUGGGGGCCAUGUGCAAUUAAAAAAGCUAAGGCAGCUCCUCCCCAGAUAGCCAUAAAUAUUUCCUCACCAGUUGCCAGGUCUAGGCGUAAGCUUCAGCCUCCGCAGCACAUCCCACCUCCACAGCCGCACCCCGGUGCCAUGCAGCACCCUACUCCGCCUCCCUCACCACCUCCUGACCUGUUUCCUCUACCUGAUACUCCCAAACAAAGCCCACCGGAUGGUGAUGUGGAUGAUGACAAGAAGAGGGGAAGCCAUCAAUCAUCUGGCCUCCCAACCGCUCUGCAGAGGCAGAACUCUGAAUCAAGUUCUCAUUCCAGCAGUCCAGAGCCUCCUAUGAAGCAAGGGCCUGGACCUCUGUCUGUGCUGGUGCACAAGAUGGAGCUUGCUGAUACAAGUGCCAGGUGUGAACAAGCUGGGAGUUCAAGUGGUUCUGUGUUUCAUAAUUCAGAGCCAAAAACACAAGACAAGAAAAGAGAGGUAGAAGAAGACAAGCCUUUGAAGAGUGUAAAAGGAGAGCGACAACAGGAGCAAAGGGAAAACAGAUCAUCAGAGAAGAUGGAGACGACACAUUCAGAGAAGGAGAAUAUGGAGAGGAGCAAGCGGAAGAAUGUGCCUGGUCAAAAAGAAGUGAUGGUGGAUGAUGAUUCUGCUUCCUCAUCAGACUCUGAUUCCUCAAGUUCAUCUUCUGUUGGAGGUGAACCCUGCUCCACCAUGCAGCUGAAGAAAGUUGACCAGGGAAGAAAAGCCGGUGAUGACACGCCUGUGAGAAAGAGUGAGCAGAGAGGACUCCCAAGAAGGCUAGUCACACUUUUUAUAUUCUUCACUCUAUCAACACGUGCUUUGUGGAUUAUAAAAGCAAUUACCCUGAGUUCAUAAUCUGAUGAUGUGUGUCGUUCAUACAUGCUCUUAGCUGGGAUAUUUUUUUUCAGAGGGAGUACCUUUUUUGUACUGAGUUUUAUAUGUGAUGUGGAUGUUGUUGGAGGUCUGGGGAUGGAUCGCCAUAACCCCAUGGAACACAAUUUCCUGCAGUUUGUGGUGAAAGGUUUGUCUUUCCUCCAAGCGUGGGCACCGUUAAGAUGUUCUGCCUAAAGCAGGGCAUCUAAUUUUCAUUGCAGUGUGUUACCAAGACACUGAGAUGCCCUGCUAGCUAAAAGCCUACUAUAUCAAAAAGUAUAAUCGUUUUUAAUCUUCUUAAAUGGUUAAGUUUUAAGUGUUUAGAGGUUACAAAUAAGUCUGCACCACUUAAUUAUUGCUUAUGGGAGAUGAACUGUGCAUAAGGACUUUCAAGGAUGGACUGCAAGUCCCUACAUCACGUGAGUAAAACUUGCUUAUAUGUUUGUCUAAGGCAUGGUUUUAAAGUCUGAUGAGAAAUUAUGUUACUGACCGUACAGAUGAAAAAUGCAAUCUAAUAAAAAUGGAGUGGGUCAUGAUCUCCGGUUUGAGAUGUUAGAUCUUUGUUUAGAUUUGAUCAGGUAUAUUUAUACCAUACAUGUUACAGUUGUCAUUGAAUUGAUACCUGAAAUAGAGGGAAGCUGUUGACUUAAAAGGUGAGAAAGAGGACAGCGUGAGAGGAUCCCCGACCCUUUCACGCAUAGCUUUAAAAUGCAUUUUCUGCUCUGAUCAAAGUGAUAUCCAGUUUAUGUUACCACAUGUAUUUACUCACUGCUCUAGCGAGUGUUUUCACAGACUACAUUGAUAUUGAAUGUGUGUGGAGACAAAUUUUGCAAGCACCCUGACGGUACCAUCUCGCUCUCUUUGUCUUUGAGUAUACAUUUGCCAUGUCAGCAGAUGAGUGUUUGUCAUUUGAUUUAACAUGCAUUUUAGGUUCUGAAUAACUGACAGUAUCAAUAAUUGUGCCUGUAUUUAUUCACAGAUUGUGUACUACUUGCUUUAUUUUUUCCAUCAUUGUUUGCAUGUUCAAAAGUAACUGAGAAUAACAGAGGGUUUGAUUAUUUUUAUGAUGGUUUCCCCAAUUAUCUACAUUUUGCGUAUAUAUAUAUA